AUGACAAUUCACCACCACCCAGAUUUUAUUCCUUACCAAUACAUUGUCCAUAUCAAAGGCGAGGACAAACCUUUGGUCACUGAUGUUGAAUCAGCUGAAUCAAUUCACAUCAAGAUCCCUGCUGGUGUGAAAUUCUACCAAAUUGUUAGAUUUAAAGUCAAAAACAGAAAAUUAGAGAAUUUACAUUAUAAACAACUCACUAAAAAGGCGGGGUUAACCAUAAAGAAGAUUGAAGUUGACUUGGGCACUCAUGAACCAUCUGAAACUGAGAUCUAUGAAGUCCAAACACCAGAAGACUCAACCCCUGGUGGAUGGUUGACCAAGGGUCAAUAUUCCAGUACUACUACUUAUUACGAGGGAGACAAGGAAUUGUAUACCGAUGACUGGAUCUUGGAAAUUAUUUAG